AUGGUUCACAAGUGGGUCGAAGGAGGCCAGAACGACAUGGCCAUCCCGAGUGACUCCAUGUUAUGGCACCCUAACUCGAAAGGGCACCAUAUCUACAACCUGAAUUUGGCCUUGAUCAUUUUUUCAACGGUUUUCAUAUCGUUACGAUUGUAUGUUCGAAAGGCUAUUGUUAAGGCUUUGGGAUGGGAUGACUUUCUCGCGGUUCUAGCAUGGGCACUCUGCGUGACUCUUUCCGCCCUGGAGAUGGAUACCACCCAUUACGGAACCGGCGCUCAAAUCGAAGAUGUACCCAAAGAUACAUUGCUACAGUUUCAGAAGAGACUCACCAUCAUGGAACUGGUGUACCUUAUUGCCUCGGGAGUUGUUCGGCUGUCAAUUCUAGCAUUUUUGCCACGACUGUGCAAAGCCAAGAUUUACACCUGGAGCAUAUGGGGACUUAGGCUCAUCGUCAUCAUCAUCAGCUUGACGGGGUUCUUCUUCAUUCUCACAGAAUGCCAGCAAAUACCCGAGGUAUUCAACUAUGCAAGUACAUGGCGAGAAUGCAAGGACAAACGAGAAGAGCGGGAUCUGAUGAUGGCCCAUGCAAUUAUCUGCAUUUUUGUCGACUGCAUGCUGGUUGCCCUCCCCCUUUGGGUGGUGACAAGUUACUUCAAGAUGGGAGUAAAGUCGAUCCAGAUCCUUCUCAUCUUCUCGCUAGGCAUCUUCGGUGUUGCAACCGGCAUCGUCAGGUUUGCCAUCAUCACGACGACAGACUUUACCGUGAACACAACAUAUAAGAUGCUCUCCGUGGCAGCAUGGACAGACGCUGAGCUCCACGUUGGUCUCUGGGUAGGAUGCUUCCCAGCGCUGCAGCCCUUGUUGCGGCAUGCAUCAUUCAAGCUGGGCUUGCGCAGUCAACUUGACUCGACCAAGCCCGGCGGGAAGAGCGUCACGGGGAUAUCUACGGAUGAGUCGAAGAGAAGAAGUAUUAUAAAUCGCUGGGCAAGGAUCACAGGACACCCUUCGAAGGAAGGCGUAGAAUCCGGGACGCCUGCCGUCAAUGGUCAACACGAAAACGUUGAAAUGGUUGAUUUGGAAAAGGGGGACGAGGUCGUUUCUGGACGAACAGAAGGUUCGGUCAAUACG